GAGGGAGAGAGGGAGAGAAGGAAGGAGAGCACAAAAGCCAGGGUGCAAGGAAUAUAAAGAAAAAACAUUCUUUAUAACAAUCUCCAAAUAAUUUAACGCAGGGAGGUCUAAGAGUUGUCUGGGGAGAGACUAGCUGAGAUGUGCCUGUUGGGGCUCUACCAGGGGCAGAGAUUGUGCGCUAGGCACGGAGCUUUGGCGUAGAGCUGUCAUCCAGAUAGGGAAGACGCAGAGGCUAGAAGAUGCAGGUUGGAAUGUGUCUGCUCUGGGCGACCUGGAUCUAUACCUGGGCGGAAGGGUCACUUCAAUGCCAAUGCACAUGUCUACCUGAGCCGGGAUUGGCCGAGGGGUCAAAGACACAGGUCAAGGAGCAUGUCCGUCAUCGAUUGGAGCACCAGCAGCAUCGGCCUCAUAGGGACAGGCCACACCGGAGAAAAGGUUCCAGGCUGAGGGCGGAGGUAGUGGAGGUAACCCCGCUGAUCGUCCACCACCCCUCAGACGUGGUGGUCAAGGUAGGCAGCCCUGCCACCCUCUCCUGCCGUGCCGAAGGCACACCCGAGCCCUCCAUCGAGUGGCUCCACAAUGGCCAGCCCCUGGAGAUGGACAAGCUGGACAGCCAAUCGCGGCCCAUCGUUCUGUCAGGGGGCAGCCUGUUCUUCCUCAGGGUGGUCCCUGGGAGGCGGAGUCAGACACAGGGUGUGUACGCGUGCGUGGCAAAGAACAGCGCAGGCAAGGCCACCAGCCGCAAUGCCUCUCUCUAUAUCGCAGCUCUCCGUGAAGACUUCCGGGUGCAGCCCAUUGAUGUGGAGGUAGCUGUGGAGGAGGUGGCGGUGAUGAACUGCAGCCCGCCGGUGGGACACCCCGAGCCCAACGUUACCUGGAAGAAAGACGGGGUCCCCAUCAACAACACUGACCCGCAUUACACUGCGCUGAAUGGGAAGUUGAUCAUUGCCCCAGCCCAGAAGAAUGACUCUGGCGUGUACAUUUGUGUGGCUUCCAACACUGUGGGAGUAAGAGAGAGCAGGGCCGCCCGCCUUUCUGUCCUAGCCAAGCCAGUGUUGGUGCUAAAGCCUCAGGAUAUGUCGGUGGGGAUGGGGGAGUCUGCCCAGUUCUACUGCGAGGCUAAAGGAGAUCCCAUGCCUGCUGUGGAGUGGAGCCGCGAGCAGGGCCCUCUGCCCAAUGGCAGGUAUCUAGUGAAUCCUGACCAGAGCCUCCAAAUCCACUAUGUGACGUCACAGGAUUCUGGGAGGUACACCUGCACAGCUGUCAACGACGUGGGGGUGGUCACCGCCAGCGCACAGCUAGUGGUGGAGGAAGCCGCAAGUACCAGACAGAGGGACCUUCACAGAGAGUUGUCGGCCCUGCGCGUGGCUCUGGAGAAUGUGACGGUGCUGACUCCAAACUCCAACAUGUCCCAAGUGCAGUGGAAGCUCCAGUCUUUCCCAACCCAGCCACACUACCUGGAUGGUUUCGAGGUCCUCUAUCGCUCUCUCCUGCCCGCCAGUUCGGACUGGGCGGCUAAGAGGGUUGUUCUACCAAACUUCCAAACACUGGUCGGCCCGCUCAAGAGGGGCUACAAGUAUGAGUUCAAAGUGCGUCCCUACGGCAGCAGCCUGUACGGCCGGGAGAGCAACACCAGGCACCUAGGUGUACCUGAGACAGUGCCUAGUGCCCCACCUCAGGCCAUCUCCAUAACGAUGACCCCUGACCAUAAUGACACGGUCCAUGUGACCUGGAAGCCUCCCCCCCAUGAAUCUCACAACGGCAUCAUCAAGGGAUACCAGGUGUGGUGUGUGCAGUCGGAAGAGCAGCAGUACCUGAACUGGACAGUGGACGGUGGGACCUACAGUCUGGAAAUAACCCCUCUCUACCCAGGGAAGCAGUACUGGGUCCGGGUGGCAACGGUCAACGGAGCUGGCGUCGGGGUACAGAGUGACCCCCAUAGAGUGGUCAUAGACUCCCAGAGGUCCGGGGCCCCCCAGUUGGACAGCCCCAGUAGGGACCUCACUCAGGUCCUGGCCGUGCUGAGGGGCCCAGUGUUCAUUGGGAGUGUUGGCGCCCUCCUGUGGUGCAUCCUGGUGAUAACGGCCGUCUGCCUGUACCGCCGCCACACCCGGCCUGGCGACCACCUGGGACGAGGCCACAUCAAGGCUAAAGGUUUGUACAGGUUGGCCAGUGAGGACCUCAUCAUAAAACACAGAAUGGCGGCCCCAGACUCUCCGUGGAUCUCGGGUGUGUGGAGACCGACCCUGAGUGACGAGAAGUACCAGGGACUGUGGGCUCAGAGCCAGGAGAACCCCGGCUUCAGAAGGACUACGUUGCCCAUCACAGCCAAGAAGGACCCCAGCUCUCUGGACGUGGCUGUCCCCAUUGUGCCCGACAGCUGUGGUGUCUACGGGACGUUCUACGUGGACCUGACGGGUAAUGGCCUCAAGACCUUCAACAGCCCUGCCCGAUGCCCCAAGCGGCCCCACUGCCACACCACCACCUCCUCGCAUCACGGCGCAGUGACGGAGCGCAUCUCCCAGCCUGCCACAGUUGUCCAGGAUGGCCAGGCAUUGCCAUGGAAACAGGCCUUGCCCUCGCAGCCCAAGAUGGGCGUGCUCAAGGAGUCGUGGGAAAAUAAUUACAAGCAAGAUCUCCAUGCGGUGAACAGCGCCCCCUUGCUGUCGUCGAGGAGCCAGGCGCUGGCUAUGAGGGGAAUGCCUUACAAACAGAGGCUCAGCCACCUCCCACCAGGUGGGCGCUCAGAGUGCUUCAAGCCCCUGGCGUCGCCCCGCUUCCUGCACUACUCUGCCUCACUGCACCUGGAGGACAUGCUGCCACCCCCGCUGCCCAUGGGCGACACCACUGACACACACAGCCUCACCUCAGAGGAAGGGUCCAGCAGGUCCACUAAGCUGACUGUAGAUGCCGGGUCUCUUCAGUCUGUGUGUGCUGCGUCUGGUCACCACGGCCCCCCCACCAACACUAACACCAACACCACUGGCUGCCCCUCCUAUAGCCGCCUGUCCACUGCCUCCUAUUGCAUGUCAUUGGAUGAGGAGCAGGACGCAACGAUGACCUCACAGGAAGUCGCCCAGUACCUGGAACUCAGCCCCAGGGCCGAGAAGCACAGCACCACGUUGGAGAAUCCUCCCGCCUCCUCCCUGUCUCGCACCUUUUCCCCCACUCCCACCCUGGGCUAUAUCUAUGGGCCCCUCUCCUCCGACCAACUGGAGGACGGGAUGACUGACGAACAGGAGCCAAUGGGCCCCCGACGGGCCCGGUUUCAGAGCACGCCCUCGUCGCUCUGCAGCGAAUGGGAGGGUUCGCUGUGGAACGGCUGGGGCUCGGUGUCAGAGGGAAACAUGGCGAACAGCACCCGCAACAGCUUCAUCAGCUCGUCGGAUGGCUCAUUCAUGAACGACGCCAACUUUGCCCGCGUGCUCGCCACUGUGGCCGCCGAGUCCAUGAGUGAAGCCUCCUUCUCAGACUUCUCUCCCCCGGCGUCGCCCCUCAGUGCCCUGUUCCCUCCAGCUCGAGGGGAAGAAGAGGAGUGUUUCGGGGAGCUGGACCCCAUGCCCGUUUGGGACUGGAGCACAGCCUGGGUGGAGGAGAUGGAGGCGCAGUACCGUGCACAGUACCCCUCUCAGGCAGCAGCAACCCCCGCUUGCAACACCUGGGGGCGUUGCCGUGACGAUCUUCACUAUGACAACCGCCGAGCCACAGGAGGGAGUAGGGGCGAAGGACGAGGGGGGGUGAGGACGACCCCACACCGAUGAUCUGUUUGAUGAUGAUUUUUGGUCAAAUCCAUUUCAAUGCCAAGACUUGAAUUGAAUUGACUCUUGAUUUGUUAAGCAUGAGAAAAAACGAUUACAUUUCGACUUGGGUUUCAUUCAUUAUUUUUUAAGUGGUCUUUUUUUCUCUGUGAGUGCUUUGCAAGUCAUCAGUAGAAGUGUAACUGGGGUUGAAAUGACCAUUCAACGUCUCCCGUCCAGACCACUAUUGGUUACCUGAGCUAGGUUUCCCACAAUACCUCAGGGCAGUCUCUCCCAUGAAAAUAGAAUUCCUAGAAUGGACAUCUAUGGUGUGUCCUCUGUUUUGUGUUCUCAUAUGACCUGGGUUGGGCUUUCCAAGAGAUGAACCGCAGUGCCAAAACAACUCUAAAAAGUUUCAGUCAAAAUUCUGUCAUGUCAUAGGUUGUUCCAAAACAAAUAUUUAGAGAGUUAUGCUUUUAGCAGCACUGUUACUGUACUACAGCACUAUUUUUGUCUUCCAGAAUCUUCCAAGCGCUAUGAUCCUACUAGCCUGGUUAAAACAGACUGAAUGCACACUGGUGAGCGCAGCAUUCAGUCUGGUUUCAUAUUAAUUACAGCAUAUUGAAAACUUCAGGAGCGAAUUUGUACAGACCAUUUACUUGCAAUAGAAUGUAAAUAUCUACGACCGAUUUAAUUUAAUGAACCAUGAACACUGUGACUUUCCAACCCAUUCUCUGCUUCUUUUCAUCAUACUUUGUUCACACAAGAACGUUUUAUUCCGUUUUUUAUUAUUAUUAAAUGUGCUUUUGUCUCUAUACAUUUUUUUUUAAUGAGUGCUAACCAUUUGUUGUUUGACUAGAAUUUGGAAGAUGUAGUUAUGUUUGUUUAAUUUCUCUUCCUUUUAACAUGAAACUUAACAUCGAGGGCUGAAUCAUCAACACAACAGAUGUGUGUGCAGGACUACACGUUUUCGCAAAUCUCCCCUUGACAUCAAUACAUGACUUGUGUAAAUAUCCUAUGUGUCUGAAGUUAGGAUUUGGCCCUAUGUACCUGCUGAAAUGUGCACGUUGAGCAAUAAGUAGAAUAUGUUUUUCACAUACUGUAAAGGUCUUCCUUUUAUAAGAAUAGCUUCAAUAGGACUGGACCAGUAUGUCUCACCCGAGAUGAGGAAUAAUUCUUCCUUUUAUAUACAUUUUCAUGCAUUACUUAAUAUCAUUUGAAGCUUAACUAACCCAAUAUCUUCUACUGUGGCCUUUGAUAAUGAUAAUAAAACAUAUAAGUCURAGUCUGGUAA